AUGGCAACCAUCAUACAACCAACCAUAUCAACAAUUCUUUCACUACCACCAGAUAUCUAUAUCGAACAGCAACCUACCCUGACUAUCACUUUAAAGCUCACUGCUCCAGCUCCAAUAACAAUCUUUACUUGGCCUACAAUAUUCAAUCCUCAAUUGGCUCUCAGACGACACAACUUCAAACUUCACGAUGUGUCCACCGAGCUUCCCACUCCUAUCCAUCUAGAAAGCACCAAGGGACCUAAGCGUCCCGGGUUCUCUUGCAGAAAGAACAACUUCGAUGAGAAGUAUCAUAUUACGUUGUAUCCUGGGGUAGAUUUGGAGGUACAAUGUCCAUUUCUCAUCAUGCAUCGGAACAUGCCUGGGACGGGAUUACCACGCUUCCACGUUGGGCACAGACAUCGACUUGUAAUCACUGGCGAAGAAAAAGUCACAAAUUGGUGGUGGGAAACCAAAGACGACGUUCUCCUUGAUGAUGAUGAGCCAUACAACGAAUAUGAGGCUGCUGAAGGAGAGAGUCCCAUCAAUAUACACGCUGACCCCAUAGAAUUUGUUGUCGAGGAAGCAUAG